CCACAAUAUUGCCCCCAAUUUCGGAGUAACCCGACCCGGCCCAACUCCACUCCUCUCUUCUCUCCUUCUUCGCCGAUUUCACUCACUGAAAGACAUUUCACGUUCGAAUUUGACAUUGAAGAUAUCCUGGAAUCAAGAAGCUAGUUUAGCAAUGGAAUAGUAAGGCAUUGGAAGCAACUGUCUUUGAGCAGCCUUAGUUGUUCCUCAUUACGUGAUUUUUGCUGGAUAUAAGAAUGAGGAUAGUUGGACUGACCGGAGGAAUUGCUUCAGGGAAGAGCACUGUCUCCAACCUUUUCAAGGCUCAUGGCAUACCUGUUGUUGAUGCUGACAUUGUAGCUCGUAACGUUUUGAAGAAAGGAACUGGUGGUUGGAAAAAGGUUGUGGCUGCAUUUAGUGAGGACAUCUUGCUGGAUAAUGGAGAAGUUGAUCGGGCAAAGCUAGGUCAAAUAGUAUUUGCUGAUCCUGAAAAACGUCAGCUUCUUAACAGGUUGCUAGCACCAUUUAUCUCACGUGGCAUUUUAAUGGAAGUUAUAAAGUUGUGGAUAAAGGGUUGCUCCAUUAUUGUUCUGGAUGUUCCUCUUUUGUUUGAGGCCAAGAUGGAUAAAUGGACUAAACCCAUUGUUGUUAUUUGGGUUGACCCUGAGACACAGCUGCAGCGGCUCAUGACAAGAGAUGGAUCUACGGAGGAGGAGGCCAAAAGGAGGAUAAAUGCACAGAUGUCCCUGGAUCUCAAGCGGUCAAAGGCAGAUAUUGUAAUUGAUAACACCAGCUCACUGGAAGCUCUGCAUGAGCAAUUCCAAAAUGUUUUAACUGAGAUUACUAAACCCUUGACCUGGAUUGAGUUUAUGCUCUCAAGAAAUGGAGCUUUUCUAGCGUUGUUCUCCACUUUUGUCAGUGUUGCUAUUUUCAAGAAAAGUUCAUGAAGGUUAUCGUCAUGUAGUGUACAAAAUAAAGACAGCCCCAGUUGUGAAGGUUGGUCUACAAAGGUGUCACUGUUUGCUGUUCCAAUGUUGUCUUGUCAGGUAGAGGGCUAAGAUGUGAACUGGAUGAUGAUUAAGUGUGAGUUUGGAUGGAAAUUGGCUGCUGGUGAUUCCAGUUUUUAGCUCAUCGUGUUCUGAUUAGUCAUAUCUCAGUGUACGUCUUAACUGCUGGUGAUGCCUUGAUGUUUUGUUUGAGUUUGAAUUCUGAUUAGUCAUGCCUUGCUGUUUGAUGUUUGGUCCGGGAGCUUUAAUAUAUUGGGAUGUACUUUUCUUAAAAUUGGAAGUUACGUGUUCUUUACAUA